AUCGCCAUUGCCUGUUCUCUCCGAUUGCCUAGUGCUCUCAAUUUCACCAAAGUUCGCACCCCAGCUCUCUACGUCAGGAAAGCCGCCGACCGCAUCGCAAUGCGUUUCCUCAACCUCUUCGCGGCGCUGAGUCUCUACGGAGCGACUGCUCUCGCCUUUGAAGGCGACGAAUUGUCGGAGGUCCAGGCUCAGGCUAUCGAAGCUCUUCAGGCGGCCGAGGGAAACAAUACUUUUGGCAAGAGAGACUCAUGCACCCUCUUCAACGCGCGUGUUCGCCGGGACUGGAAUUCGCUCUCCGGAUCUGAAAAGAAGGCUUACACCAGCGCCGUCAAUUGCCUAUUGACGAAGCCUUCCAAGCUUACGGAUUUCGCCCCCGGCGCUCGCAGCCGAUAUGACGACUUUGUUGCUGUUCAUAUCAACCAGACUUUGAGCAUCCACGGGACCGGUAAUUUCCUCACAUGGCAUCGUUACUUUACGUGGGCCUACGAGAAUGCUUUGAGGCAGGAAUGUGGUUACAAUGGUUAUCAACCGUACUGGAACUGGCUUUCCUACCGAGAGGAUCCUUCCAAGUCGCCAAUGUUUGAUGGCAGCGAGACUAGCAUGAGUGGCAACGGUGUCUUCAAAUAUCACAACGGCAGCACGUCGGGUGGUGGUGUUUACAUCCCCUCUGGUGAGGGAGGUGGUUGUGUCACAAGCGGCCCCUUCGCCAACAUGACCGUUCAUCUCGGCCCUGUCAGCCCUGGCAUCGAUGGUCUGGCAGUCAAUCCUGGCGGCCCUCUGGCCUAUAAUCCUCGUUGUCUCUCCAGAGACAUCAGCGCUUGGACAUCUCAGCAUUGGAUGACUCCUGAGAAUGUGUUGAACCUCACUGUGGGCGCUGCGGCAGAGAACAUUUUGACGUUCCAGAACGAACUCCAGGGCCGCUUUGGAGAUGGAUUUCUGGGGACACACACUUCCGGACACUUCAUUGUCAACGGUGAAGCUUCUGACCUUUUCUCGUCGACUAAUGACCCGACUUUCUUUCUUCACCACGCGAUGGUCGACCGAGUUUACUGGCUGUGGCAGGCGCUUCACCUCAGAGAAGCCUUCAAUAUUGCCGGAACAAUCACGAUCCUAAAUACGCCUCCCAGCCGUGACGCUCGCCUUGACGAUCUCGUAAUCCAGGAACCGAACGCACCCAACAGGCCUAUUAGUGACUUGCUUAACACACUUGGAGGCAGUCCAUUCUGCUACAUUUAUCUGUAA